AUGCAGAGCUCCAGGUCAAUCCUGUUCCAGGUGUGUUUGAGUCUGGUGGUUUCUAUUGGUUCCUGCACCUGCAAACCUCUCAAUAAUGACAUCCAGAGAGAGGACCCUGAGGGACACUACUCACAGCUAUCAGAGGAGGACCUUCUGGAGGAGGAAGACACCGACUCCAGGAUCGAGAACCUCCUGGGAACCAUGAAGGAGGGUUUUUUGAGGAAACUCAACCUGUCAGAUGUUCCUCAGGAGCACAGCAAGAUCUACCCUCCUCAGUUCAUGAUGGAGCUCUACAACAAGUACGCCUCGAACAGCUUGGCAAUCCCUCAGUCUGAUGUCAUACGAAGCUUCACUGUCCAAGAUAUCACUCUCUCUCUAACAAAUGGCACAAAGUCAAAACACAGACUGCAGUUUAACGUCAGCAUCCCCAACCAUGAAAAGAUCACUACUGCUGAACUACAGCUCUUCUUCUUCCCAGAUCCCAGGUCAAGGGUCACCUCCCACAGUUUCAAGGCCACGGUCAAAGUCUAUGAAGUGGAUUACAACGAUUUCACAUCCACCACCCAAUUACUGGUUGGCAAAGAGGUGACAGGCUCGCAGAGCACGUGGGAGACGUUGGAUGUGACCAGAGCUUUUCAGAGCUGGAUCAAGUUGGGCCAUGGAGCAACUUUUUUUGAUGUAGUGGUGGAUAGGAAGAUCUGUGGGUCUUCUAAUGAUGGAGAAGAAGGAGCAGGCUGUUUAAAUAUGAGCUUGUCUGUUGGAGAUAGCACUUCAGCAGCGUUAAUAGUGUUCUCAGAUGACUUGGGUAGCAGGAGAAGGGAGACAAAGAAGGAAUUAAGAGAGAUGAUCCUCCACGAAGAAGAAACCAUCUUGCACUCGGGUGCUGACUGGAAUAGAGGAGAUCAGCUUCCAAAUGAGAUCCCGGAGGCCCAGCAUCCACGGAGACAGAAACGAAAGGCAGAGAGGGAAUACUGCCGACGGACCUCUCUCAAGGUCAACUUUAAAGACAUCGGCUGGGACAGCUGGAUCGUGGCGCCUCCAGAAUAUGACGCGUUUGAAUGUCGAGGCCUGUGUUACCACCCGCUGACGGACGAGUCGACCCCGUCAAAACACGCCCUCAUCCAGACGUUGAUCAACAUCAGGAAUCCCAAGAAGGCCAACAUGGCGUGCUGUGUUCCCAUCAGACUAGACCCCAUCACAGUCAUGUAUCAGGAGAAUGGACGCCUCACUAUAAGAUACCUUUAUGAAGAGAUGAAGGUGGCAGAGUGUGGCUGCAGGUAG